AUGAGACUCUCACUCUAAUUAUGGGGAAGUGUUGCAUUACAUCAGUCGGGUAUGAGCAUUGUGAGAUGCCUAUUGGGAAAGUUUGGUUAUGAGUUCUCGUGGCAAAUUGUUGCAUUUCUCUUGCAGGCAAUGCAUGAUAUUCUUUACCAUCGAUACCACAUAGAGAAGUAUGACCAUUUGGAUUUUCCUGGUGUUGUUUCUCGUACUUUCUUAGGGGCCAUUUUUGUAUCAACUUUGGCAUCACCAAUGGUAUUACUGUUGCAUUUGUUACACAUGCCGAAGAUUUACAGUCUCAUCACUGUUCGGCUGGUGUUAGGUUGCACAGUAUUAUUAGCCUUUCGAUUAUUACGGGUUCAGGUUAGAAACAAGUUUGGUCGCCAUGUGGAAGCCUUCUUUGUCAUAACAGCGGCUCUGCAGUUUCACUUGCUGUUCUACUCCACGCGGCCUCUUCCAAAUAUAUUGGCUUUUGCUUUAGUUACUUUAGCUUAUUCCUUCUGGUUCAAGGGGAAUUCUUCAGCAACUUUGAAAUGUUUGGUAUGUUUAUGCUUCUUCGACAUGUUCAUGUGUCUCAUGUGUGAUAUUUUCAUGCUUCUUCUACAUGUUCAUGUUCUCAUGCUUUUUCUAUGGGAGGAUGGGUUGAUAGACCAAACCAUAUCCAAUCGAACUAGAACAGGUCAAUGGGAAUGAACAUACUCAAAUCUU